UCAAAUACCUGUCAAUGGAAGUGGGCAAGUAAUGGUUCCUUUUACCGACCGACUGACCGACCGACAAAAAUUACAAGUCUUUGCUGAUUUAAUAUGUUAAAUAUCUUUAUAGCUGAUAACUGAAACCAAAAUCUCGUAAUUAUGGCGGACAGAGAUCUUUCUAUGGGACCCCGUGAAGGAGUAACAUACCCUGUUAGGGUGCAGUACUGUGGAAAUUGUUCGAUGCCGAUAGAAUACUGCGAGUACUACCCUGAAUACGAUAAAUGCAAGCAGUGGUUAGAGAAAAACUUGCCAACCGAGUUUGAAAAAGUAAAGAUAGAUGAGGAAGAGAAUGCUGGCGGCGAAGAGGAGAAAAAGAGGCAGAAGCGUGGUGGCAAGGGCAUGCUAAAAUCCAAAAAGAAGGAGGAUGUGCCCAAGCUUGUGCAAGUCUCCCGUGCGCCGCGCGGCAAAAAGAAAUCUGUCACUGUUGUAUCAGGAUUGAGCACCUUUGAUAUUGACUUGAAAGUGGCGGCUAAAUUCUUCGGCACCAAGUUUGCCUGUGGAUCAUCAGUGACAGGAGAUGAUGAGAUAGUCAUACAGGGAGAUGUUAAAGAUGAUCUCUUUGAUAUUAUACCAGAGAAGUGGCCUGAGAUCGAUGAGGAUAGUAUUGAAGAUUUAGGUGACCAGAAGAGAUAGUCACAAUUUUAGUCUAACAAGAAUGGGAGAUCUUUAUUCCUCUGUCUGCAUGAAACAUUUGUGACAACAUUUUGUAUGUGUGAUGUUUGUUACGUUACCUCUGUAUUGUUGCACACUUCUUAGAAGUUAAUUGUGAGACCUGGAUCCCAGCAUUUCUCGAACGAUAUUAGUCUAAUGUUAUUAGUCCUCAAACUGUCAAAUCGUAUGGGUUGUCAUGACAACACACUAAUAAUAUUAGACUAAUAUCGUGCAAGUAAAUUUACAAGUUAGCAUUUUGCCCUUUUUUCUAAGAAAUGUAGUAGUUAAAAAAGAAGCAAACAGUGAACUUGUAGUCUUAUAAAAUGCCACCCGUUUCAAUACUUUGAGUGAGUUUUGAGUUGAAAAUGUCACUUACUAAACAAAAUAUGUGACGUUUUAAAUCAAAAGGUACCACAUUGUCGCUUGUUGAUGAGGUUGAUUUAUCAUUGAAGCUAUAUGGAAAUAGCGCCUUACUGACAAGCGACAAUAAGUACCCUUUUGGUUGAAAAUGGCACAUAUAUUGAUUUAACAGUUUUCAAAAGUGGCUUGUACACAAUGGCCAACAAUGCAGAGGGUACAUCAUUUUGGCAUAGGAACGAAGUGCUUUGAUUCAUCUUCUUUAU